AUGUAUACAUACAGAGAGCGAAAGGCGAGGAUGAGAGAGAAAACAACCGAAGCGGAGAAAGAGGGAAACGAACGGUUAUCCGUCGAGCUUCAGGCGUUUGUAUGGCUUCAAAUUUCGGGGACAGUUCCACUCUCCGAUCCCGAGGAUACAUAUGGAUUUACUGUGAGACCUCAACAUAUUCAUAGAUAUCGUGAGUAUGCCAGUAUCUAUAAGGAGGAAGAAGAAGAGAGACUGCAAAAAUGGAAGAGCUUUCUUGAGCAGCACGCGAAAUUUACUAAUGAAUGUCUUUCUACUGAAGGAGAAAAUGUUAGACCUGUGGUUUCCGAGCUUACCGAGCAGCCAACUGAUUAUUCUCAAACAGUAAAUGGAGAAAAGAAGGAUGAUUCAACUCAUGAGAAAACGGAGGAUCAUGAAGUGGCAGCAACGAAAACCAAGCCAGUUGAAAAAGUGAAUGAUGACAUUGAAGAGGCAGCUACUAAAACUGAGCCAGUUAAAAAGGUGAAUGAUGAUAUAUGUGAAAAGAGGUCAGUUCCCGACACCCAGGAGACCGAGGAAGCGGGAACGACCAAGCAUGGAAAAUUCCGUGAGGUGCAGACAUGGGCUAAAACUAGUCCAUCUCUGAAUGCCAUUGAACAUAUGAUGAGUUUACGUAUAAAGAAGAGAAAUAACGUGGGUACUGAGACAAAAUCUACUCGAAAUCAUCUUCCAUUGAUUGAUGAGGGACCAUCGGGAGAAGAAUCCGAAAAUGAUGAGAAGGAUGUAUCCAAUGACAAUGAGAUGACUGAUAAUGCAGAUGCUCCUGCAAUGGAAAGUGGUGACGCUGAUGGAAUGUCUCCAGAAAAUUUUUUACCUUGGAAGGAAGAACUUGAGUUUCUUGUUCGAGGAGGAGUGCCUAAGGAUCUUAGAGGAGAGGUGUGGCAAGCCUUUGUUGGUGUUAGAACUCGUUGGGUGGAAAGCUAUUACCAGGAUUUGCUGGAUACAGAAAGUGACCCAAGUGAUGGAAAAGAGCAUGAUAAAAUGUGGUCGGGAGAUAAUAGGACGCAACCCAGCUGGAAGAAAAAUGAUGUCCCAGAAAAGUGGAAAAAGCAGAUUGAGAAGGACUUGCCACGAACAUUUCCAGGGCAUCCAGCAUUAAACGAUAAUGGAAGAAAUUCACUAAGGCGUGUACUUUUGGCAUAUGCACGGCAUAACCCCUCCGUUGGGUAUUGCCAGGCAAUGAAUUUCUUUGCUGGCUUGUUACUGUUGAUGAUGCCUGAGGAAAAUGCAUUUUGGACAUUGGUGGGCAUUAUGGAUGACUAUUUUGAAGGCUAUUUCUCACAAGAAAUGACAGAAUCCCAGGUUGAUCAGCUUGUUUUUGAGGACUUGAUGCGUGAAAGGUUUCCUAAACUUGUGAAUCAUCUUGAUUACUUGGGAGUGGAGGUGGCAUGGAUUUCUGGUCCUUGGUUCCUUUCGAUAUUUGUAAAUAUACUUCCAUGGGAAAGCGUUCUUCGAGUAUGGGAUGUGCUCUUGUUUGAAGGAAACCGUGUCAUGCUCUUCCGAAGUGCACUUGCUUUGAUGGAUUUAUAUGGACCUGCUGUAGUUACAACGAAGGAUGCUGGAGAUGCUAUAACCUUAUUUCAGACACUCACCGGCUCCACAUUUGACAGCAGCCAACUUAUCUUGACUGCUUGCAUUGGUUUCUUGACCAUAAAUGAAGAUCGACUACAAGAACAUAGGGAGAAGCAUAGACCAGCUGUACUCACAGCAGCUGAGGAAAGAGAGAAAGGCAGUCGAGUUUUUAAAGAUCCAAAGGGUCUUGCAACUAAGCUAUACAGUUUCAAGCACAAUCGACAAUCAAUGGUAAUAGAAACAAAUACUGAAGCAGAAUCAGGUGAUACGACAGAUCCCAGAGAAAGAUUUGACGCAGAUUCUCAUGCUGCCGAUGCAGAAGAAUUUCUAAAAGGCAUGACCAUUGAUUCUGAAGUAGAUUCUCUUCCAGAUCUUCAGGAACAAGUAGUUUGGUUGAAGGUUGAGCUGUGUAGGUUGCUGGAGGAGAAGAGAUCUGCUAUGCUCAGGGCUGAAGAAUUAGAAGCUGCGCUGAUGGAAAUGGUUGAAAAAGAUAACCGAAGGGAACUGAGUGCAAUGGUUGAACAGUUGGAGCAAGAAGUUGCUGAACUACGGCAGGCUCUCGCUGAUAAGAAAGAAGAGGAGAAAGCCCUUGUUCAGGUUUUGAUGAAAGUUGAGCAAGAACAGAGGAUAAUUGAAGAUGCUCGGCGUUUUGCAGAGCAAGAGGCUGCUGCUCAGAGACAUGCAGUGCAUGUUCUUCAGGAAAAGUAUGACAAAGCCAUGGCAGAUCUUGCUCAGAUGGAAAAACGGGCUGUUAUGGCCGAAUCAAUGUUGGAAGCAACAUUACAGUAUGAAUCCGGGCAAAGUAAAGCCUUAUCUUCGCCAAGGUCGUUUUUGUGUGACAUUUUUGUAGUCAAGGGAAAAUCAAGUAAUGACGUGGUGGCCCCUGGUGAUAGCAGACUUAAAAAUGAAGGAUCAAAUGCGAGCAAUACAGAUGAUUACACAGAUGGCCAUCAGCAAUAGAGAAUUCGGGUUGGGAGAUAAAAGAGAAGGAAAAGUAAGAUAAUUUGAAGAAUAGUAUUUACGUGGUCAGAUUCUUGCAACGAAAAUCAGCAGCUACUUUUAUAGAUGGUAUUAGAGAUGAGCUUCUUCAGAAAUCUCGAAAAAUUAGAUUGUGUUCAUAUUACAUGUAAAUUGCAGCCAGGUAAAGUUUUCCUGUCUUUUUAGGGGGGACUUGAAAAGAAAUUAUUCCUCAUUUUUUAGCAUAUUAACAUGUUCUUUUCCCUUUGGAGUUGUUUACUAGUGAUAUCAUAAUGCAGUAUUUGGG